AUGUCUGAAAACAAUCAUGAAUCCGUCCCUACGCACCCCAUCGCACCCAGACUCAAAAAUGGCAAGAAACAGCCUCACGUAGGCCCUCAUAUUCAUGCCUACAAAUCCCUCCAUGCGCAGACGCUUGGCCAUGAGAGCGACAAGUGGUGGGCAAAGAUGGCGCGCGAGACGAUUCAUUGGGACCGACCUUUUCAGACCGUUCGCGCAGGUGGCUUCGAGACAGGCGACAUUGUCUGGUUUCCAGAAGGUGGACUGAAUGCGUCAUACAAUUGCACGCUUCCUCUCAUACAGACUGCCAUCAUCUACGAGGCCGAUGAACCCGGUGAUGGUGCCGAGAUCACAUACGCACAACUCCUCCGUGAGGUCUGCGGUCUCGCAAAUGUUCUCAAAGGACUCGGAGUUAAGAAGGGGGACACCGUCUCCAUCUACCUCCCCAUGACAUGGCACGCCAUCGCGGCUUUCCUUGCAUGUGCCCGUAUCGGUGCCGUGCACUCCGUCAUCUUCGCGGGCUUCUCCGCCGAAUCUCUCCGUGAUCGUGUUCAGGAUUGCAAGUCCCGCAUUCUCAUUACCUCCGAUGAAGGUAGGCGAGGUGGAAAGACGAUCGCAACCAAGGCCAUCGCGGAUGCUGCCGUGAAGGAGUGUCCCCUUGUGGAGCACAUGGUCGUGCUUAAGCGUACUGGUAACGAUGUGCCGUUCACUCCAGGGAGGGACAAGUGGUGGCACGAGGAGAUUACGAAAGUACCGAGCUAUUGUCCACCGGAGGUCAUGUCGUCUGAGGAUCCACUCUUCAUCCUCUAUACGUCAGGUUCAACCGGCAAACCAAAGGGCGUGGUGCACACCACUGCCGGUUAUUUGCUCUGUGCGGCGAUGACCGUGAAAUACGUAUUUGAUGUCCACCCGGAUGAUAAAUUUGCCUGCAUGGCAGAUGUUGGCUGGAUCACUGGACACACGUACAUCGUAUAUGGUCCUUUGAUGAAUGGUGUCACCACGACGGUGUUUGAGUCCACGCCUGUAUACCCGACACCCUCUCGCUACUGGCAGACAGUAGACAAGCAUCAGAUUACGCAGUUUUACUCUGCGCCGACUGCGAUCCGACUCUUGCGCCGCCUGGGUGACCACCAUGUCAAAGAUUACGAUUUGAGUUCUCUCCGCGUUCUCGGUAGUGUCGGCGAACCGAUCAACCCAGAGGCAUGGCAUUGGUACAAUGAUCACGUCGGUCGCAAACAGUGUGCAAUUGUGGACACGUUCUGGCAAACAGAAACGGGUUCGAUCGUUGUUACACCUUUCCCCGGUGCGAUUGAGACCAAGCCUGGUGCGGCGACGGUCCCCUUCUUCGGGAUCGAGCCUGCGAUCUUGGACCCUGUCUCUGGCAAGGAGAUCGAAGGUCCAAACGUCGAAGGCGUUCUCGUGUUCAGGCACCCUUGGCCGUCUAUUGCACGAACGCCGUAUCCCGGCGUGUUCUACACUGGUGAUGGUGCUGCGCGUGAUGAGCAUGGCUAUAUCUGGAUCAAGGGCCGUGUUGAUGAUGUCAUCAAUGUCUCUGGUCACCGUUUGUCUACGGCGGAGAUUGAGUCCGCGCUUAUUACUCAUGCAGGUGUGGCGGAGACAGCUGUUGUUGGAACUGCAGACGAGCUCACUGGCCAGGCUGUCUAUGCGUUCGUGACCUUGAAGCCAGAAUUCUCGUACGACCCCAACGAUGAGGCUGGACUUGUGAAGGAGCUCACGCUCCAGGUGCGAAAAGUCAUUGGCCCCUUCGCUGCGCCGAAAAAGGUGUACAUUGUCCCUGACCUUCCGAAGACACGGUCUGGCAAGAUUAUGCGUCGUAUUAUGCGCAAGAUCGUCGCGGGCGAGGGCGACCAGCUCGGGGAUCUCAGCACACUCGCGGACCCCAGUAUUGUGGAUGUCAUCAAACAGAAGGUCGUCUUGGCGUAG